AUGGAUUACAUAAGCAAGUAUGGGAAAAUAGAGUUUUCAAUUUUUUUAACCACUUCUCAGGAAAUUGUGUCCACGUAACUGUGAUUGUAUAAAAAGGAGGACCAGUAAACAUAGGGCUCACAAUCUCAAGAAGAAUAUACACAGCAGGGGGAGAUUCUUCAAGUCUGAGGAAAAUCACUGCAUAAACACAAGCCUUUGCCUCAGUUUGAGACUCAAAAGAUACAGGGAUUGAGCAGAUCCUCUUUGAAGAUCACUCACUAAUUUUUACCAUUUCAGACAAGGAUGAAUAUUACAAUCCAGUGCAUCAUUCUCCUGGCCUGCACUGCCAUUUCCACUUCACUUGUUAUCCCGAACUGCCGGUGUGUAAAAACAAUUCCAGGCGUAAAUGCCUCUCUCAUCGCUGAUGUCAAGGUGUAUGAUCCUCGUCCAUACUGCAACAAGAAAGAAGUCAUUGUCACACUGAAAAAUAACAGCUUACGGUGUAUUGACCCCAAUGGAAAAUUCGCCCAAACAGUCCUGCAAAUUAUACAAAUGCAGAGAGCAGUACGUGCUGCUAAGAUGAUGACCAGCAAAAAAACAUCCACAGCAUCAACCACAGUAUCGCCAGCAUCAAUAUAAUGCACAUUGUUUUAUCAUCAUUACAAUUAAAAUUAGGUAUCAGUAGUAAGAAGAAAGAUCAGCAUGCCUUCCCUAAGUAAGGGCAUGGUUGGUGUAAUUCCUGGUUGGUUCUACGAAAUAAAAAAAAACAGGCAGUACAAUAGUGAAAUUCUUUCACUUCACUUGUUUUGAGCAUUGCACGUUGGCAGCUAAAAAUGACAGCAAGACUUAAAAGUGUGAAAUAUUAUAUAUAAAUAUAUAUAAUAUAUAUAUGUAUUAUAUAAUAUAAUACUCGAUCAAGUAGCGAUAACUGAGCAUUAGCACAUUAAGGAGACAAUUUGUGAAGUCAGGGAAGUGUCCUUACUCAGAAUAUUCAUCUGGGUAAACAGGUGCAAGUAUGAGGUUUCAGUUUGGUGAAAUGCAAAGCUUUUCUCCCUGCUUGCGAUUUACAUAUGCAUAUUUGCAUAUGCUGAUGAGACUGAUGUAUUUCCACCCAAAACUACUGCCUAAGAUUAAAUCCAUGGUUACUGACGAGAGUUUUUUUUUUACUGUGUUUGUAUUAUGUGUCCAAAAUGCUGCACUCUUAUUCAAUAUGUCUUGUAGCACAUUAUAACAGUCUGUCACCUUUAAAACUGUAAAAGCAUUAUUUGUGAUAUAAUUUAACUUGACAGAUAAUAAUCUGAAGGUCAGUCAGAAGUUCAUUAACUUUUUAGUAGUUUAGAAAUGACGGAAAAUAUGAACUGUGUUUUUCUUAUGGCUCAUAAAGCAUCAUUUGUUAUUGUAAUUUGAAGAGUUUCUUUCUGUUUUUCUUAUUACAAAUGUGUAUUUAUAUACAUGUAUAUCUAUAUAUGUGUGUGCCUUGUUUGUUUUUUAAAGGCUGAAAUCAUAAUGCACAAUACUAACUCAUGCCAUGUGAUGUUGUUGAAGAAGAGCUGAAAAACUGAAAUAAAUUUAGUAAAAAAUUUA